GUCUAGCUCACUUGUACAAGAACACUUCACCGGCUAUAGCGUAAACAAACGCAAAAGAAAUGGAGGCGGUGUCAUGGUGGUGGGUUAGAGGCUUCCUCGGCAAGUACCCGGAGAUCAUGGCGUCGUUCGCCUGCUUCCUGUUCCUGCUGUUCUUCAGGUAUCGCCGGCGGGACGGGCUGCCGACGAACUGGCCGCUGGUCGGCUCGGUGCCGGCGAUCACCGUCAACGCCGGGCGCGUGCACGAAUGGCUCACGGAGUUCCUGCGCGUGGCGCCGGGGAUGUCGCACGUCGCCAGGGGCCCGUGGGGCUCGCCCGUGGACAUCCUUAUCACGGCCAACCCGGCGGACGUGGCGCAUGUCUUCACGACCAACUUCGGCAACUACCCCAAGGGCGAGGAGUUCGCGGCCCUGUUCGACGUGCUCGGCAACGGCAUCUUCAACGCCGACGGGGACUCGUGGGCGUUCCAGCGGCGCAAGGCGCACGCGGUGCUCUCGGACGCGAGGUUCCGCGCCGCCGUCGCCGUGAGCACCGCGCGCAAGCUCGACGAGGGGCUCGUGCCGCUUCUCGACGGCGUCGCUGCCGGCGGUACGGUCGUCGACCUGCAGGACGUGUUCAUGCGCCUGACGUUCGACCUCACGGCGAUGUUCAUAUUCGGUACGGACCCCGGCUGCCUGGCCGCCGACUUCCCGCAAGUGCCAUUCGCCGCGGCCAUGGAUGAGGCCGAGGCGGUGCUGUUCUACAGGCACGUGACGCCCAUUGCCUGGCUGAGGCUCCAGACCUACCUAAACAUCGGCCAUCACAAGAAGAUGACCAGGGCUCAGCAGGUGCUGGAUGCGUCUAUCGCCGAGUACGUCUCGCUACGGCGAGAGCGCGCGGCCAGUGCCGCCGACACCAACGCCGACGGAAGCGACGCCGCUGAUCUUCUCACGUUGUACAUGGCAUGCCAAGACGAGAUAGGCAAGGGCGGAAGCGAGUUCGAUCGGUUCUUGCGCGACACGACGCUGAACCUCAUGGUCGCCGGCCGCGACACGACGAGCUCCGCCCUGACAUGGUUCUUCUGGCUGCUCACCAACCACCCCGACGUGGAGGCCAAGAUCCUCGCCGAGCUCCGCGAGAACCUGUCGUCUGGCGGCCACCCCAGCGCCGCCGAUCUGAAGCGGCUGGUGUACCUGCACGCGGCGCUGUCGGAGUCGCUCCGGCUGUACCCGCCGGUGCCGUUCGAGCACAAGGCGGGAGCGCAGCCAGACACGCUGCCGAGCGGGCCGGCCGUGCGGCCGUCGAGGAGGGUGAUCGUGUCGUUCUACUCGAUGGGACGCAUGGAGUCGGUGUGGGGCAAGGACUGCCUGGAGUUCCGGCCGGAGCGGUGGCUGACGGAGGCGGGGCGGCUCCGGCACGAGCCGUCGUACAAGUUCGUGGCGUUCAACGUGGGGCCCCGGACGUGCCUGGGCAAGGACCUGGCGUUCACGCAGAUGAAGGGCGUGGUCGCCGCCGUCCUGCCGCGGUUCCGGGUGGAGGUCGCCGCCGGUGCCGUGGUGAGGCCCAAGCUGUCCAUCAUACUCCACAUGAAGGACGGGCUCAAGGUGAGGGUUUACAAGAGGCAAGACGAUGCCUGCUAGGGCUAUACAUACGCACUUACGUCGAUGCUCGCAAGUCCUGUGUCCAUGUGCAUUGCAUGGCAAUCCAUAUACGUGUAAUCUCUCUAUCCCACAAUAUAAGAUGUUUUUGCAAGCCAUUUUGGCUUGUAAAAACGUCUUAUAUCGUGGGACGGGGAUAUUAUUGUGUGUAAACGUGUGAGGUUAUUGUUUGUGUGUGUAUCAAUAUGUACUGUAUACAAAGGAAUAAGUAAAUAAAUGUGUAUACCAACGGAA